AUGCAGGUUCAUACUCAUGUUAGUCCCAUUCAAACCGCUCCUGCCAACUCUCAAGAAGUGUCAUCUACUGAAGAAACCUCCCUUGGACGAGCAAAGCUCUUAAAGUCUAUGGUGGAUAUGAUGAGCACUCCGCAAAAGAAUAUGUUGGAUAUACAGUUCAGAAUGACGAAUCUUGAGAAGGGAUAUAGUUCAAACAAGAAAGAAUUUUCUUCUUUUCUUGCAACUCAGAAAGAAUUGGAGAAGACGAUGAAGAGAAAUACUUACGAAAUAAACAUAGUCAACACUACCUAUUCCAAGUUUGAAAAGAAUCUUUUCAAAAGACAAUCGGCGAAGUUUGAGGAAAAAAGAGAAUUUUACUUGAAUCUUAAUCAAGAAAUUAUGACGGGAAUGAAUCUUGUUCAAGAUCAAAUGGUUGAGGUAACCAAGCAUAUGAAUAGAGUCGACGCUGAACGUAUGGAACAAGCUGACUCUUUUGCACGAUCGAUUCAAGCAAUGGAAGACGUUGAUGUUGUCGCUGAGAAAGAGAAACCCCUUAUUGCCCUUGAAGCUGAUAUUGUUAAAAAGGGGGAAGGUAGUUCAAGAGGAGGUGGCGGUAGUUCAAGUGGUGGUGCUUCGACAGGUACCAGAUCAAAAAGAAAAGCCGUUGAGGAAGGAAGUUGUAGACCAUUCAAAAGAGGCGGAGGUCGCGGUGGUGACCGAGGUGGUGGAAGUGGUGGAAGGGGUGGUCGUGCUCCUAGUGGUGGCCGUGCUCCCGUCCCUCAAUUCCGUAAUCUCCUGACUGGUAAAGGGUUUACUGAUCCAAACGUGAAAAGGGAAGGACAAUAA